AUGAUUUCGAUAAACCUCUGGACUGUUCUUGCGCUUGUCCCUUUACUGGCAUCUGCUGGUGGAGGUGUCCAUUACUCAAAACACGGCACCCGACCUCAAUGCACUGUGCUCGCUAAUGGGGGCACCACCAACGACGUUCCUAACAUCCUCAAAGCAUUCAGCAGAUGUGGAAGCGGAGGCGACAUUGUUUUUCCAGAAGGCCAGAACUACUAUAUUGCUUCGAAACUGAAUCCUGUCGUCAACGAUGUCAACAUCAACUGGGCGGGUAUUUGGACGUUCUCUCCCGACAUUGAGUAUUGGAGACAAAACAGCUCCACCUAUCCGAUUGCAUUCCAGAACCAUGCUGCCUCGUUCAUCCUGACAGGUGACCAUAUACGCAUGAAUGGAUACGGAACAGGAGGCAUCCAUGGAAAUGGCGACACCUGCUAUUUUGCUGAUCUUGCAAAGNNGUACACUGCAGAAGCGGGCCAUACAGUACCUGGACGCCCGAUGCCAUUUGUCCUCUGGAAUGUCUCAGACGUGACAGUCAAGAAAUUCUUCAUCAUCGACCCGCCUUUGUGGAGCUUCAACAUUAUGAAUGGUACAGACAUAUGGGUGGACGAGUUAUACUGCAACGCGACGGCAACACAAGCAAAUGCAAGCCAGAACUGGGUGCAGAAUACAGAUGGAUUUGCUGACUCUUUCAANGAUACAAUGGACUCGAAGAAUGUUCGUCUCACCAACUUUGUGUAUCAGGGAGGUGACGACUGUGUGGCUGUCAAACCGAGGUCUUCCAACAUCUACAUCCAGAACGCCACAUGCAGAGGCGGAAACGGCAUGGCCAUCGGCAGUGUUGGGCAGUACCUCGAGGACAGCAGUGUCGAGAAUGUAGUCGUGGACGACGUGAAGAUCAUUCGAUGGAACGAAGACAUGCAUGGCUCCGUCCUGAUCAAGACGUGGGUCGGUGCCUUGGUCCCUCAAGAUGCCUCGGCCAACGGUUACUACGAGAACGCAGGGCAGCCACGAGGAGGUGGUUGGGGAUCCGUCCGUAACAUGCAGUUCUCGAACUUCCAAGUCGAAGGCGCAGACGCAGGACCAACCAUCGAUCAGAACUCUGGCAACAAUGGCAGCUAUGCCGGCACAAGCUUGAUGGAUGUGAGUAACAUUGUGUUUGCCAACUUCACGGGCUGGCUGUCGGGCAAGGAGUCGAAGAACCGGACGGCGAGUGUGAGUUGCUCGAAGGUGCAUCUGUGCUUCAACAUCGGUUUUGACAAUGUCACGCUGACGACGGCCGAAAACUCGACGAGCACGGGAACGGGCAGCUGUAGCUACGUCGCGGCUGGAGGAGUGCACGGUUUGUCGGGGAGUGGUUGCUCGUAG